AUGAGGAUAACUGGCAAGGUGUGGCUGCCGUGUCUGGCGAUGCUCGCCGUGGCGAUAUCGGCCGUGUUUACCAGCCCACUGGACGACAGUGCCCGGGCGGCACUGUUCCGCCGAAUGCGCCCCGGCGGAGGCCCCAAAGUCUACAAGCACGAGGACCAGAGCCGCCCAGGCGUACCGGUAGCGGACAACCUGGACAAAGCGCCGACGGAGGAGCGCAAGCUCCAGUCGAAGGAGCUCGCCGACGAGGAGACAACGACGGCCGUCGCAGCCCCAUCCGCCCCUGUGCCAGCGAAGGGAGGCCUUAAUCGGUUGUUUGCCCGCAAAAAGUACUCCCCACUGCUGAGAGAUACCGCCAAGGGAGGGUCCACGACCGAGGCAGCUGCCGGUGCGUCGGUACCGACCAGCACGGUCGCCACCAGCGAGGCAGAGGAUGGGGCGACCUCGGCCGGUACUACGCGCCGCACGAGACCGACGCGCCCCGGCAAGUUGCCUCGUUCGACCACGCCGAAGCCAACCGUGUCCGUGAAGCCCACGAAGAUAUCGUCCCGCUUCUCGAAACCCACGGCAGAGCCCACCGAGAGUACGGUGGCCAGCGUAACGUCCCGCACAACGCGUGGCCGUCGUACACGUCCAUCGAAACCCUCGAAGCUGUCUGGCACCAGCACGUCGACAACCACCGAGGAACCGACGACGACCACCACAACGACAACGACCACUACUCCGGCACCCACAACGACGACCACAACCACAACGACGACGACGACGACGACCACUACUGUAGCACCUAGUACGACUUCUGGCACGGUUUUCCCAUCGGCAGCCUCCGUACCUUUAGUGCCCGGCAAGGAAGUCAUCGCUGAGAAAGUGCCCUCGCAAUCGGACGAUGCUGAAAGUUCGCCCAGUUCGACCACGUCCACGGCAUCGUCGAGCACGACGACAACAACAACCACCCCCACGGUGGGAGCCUCCUCGUCCGGCCCAUCCACAGCAGCCGCCCCAGUUCCCUCGAAGGACGCGUCCGAAGAUGAAGGUGUCCCGGUUAGAAGUGCGCCGAAAUCGGAACGGAUCAUCCCGGUGGUGGAGCGGCAGGAUGAGCUGACCGAAAACGAGAGUCUGCUGCAGUCGGCCGGCUACGAUUCGUCCGCCGAAGAGCAGCAGUAG